CCGAAUACGGACCUUUUUCCAACCCAUCUCCUCAGCUUUCUCCUUGAAAGUUUGACGUGACAUGUUCAGACCAUAUUUGCGGAUAAGGCCGUUGCCCUUCUCUCCUGUCAGCCGGCUGUCGAUUACGAGUCAGCACCCAUAUUCUGCUCAAAUGUAUAGACCCCAGGAAUUGCUACCAUUUGCGCUGCCCUUUUCCAUACUUGACUUCGCCUUUUCGAGAAUUCCAGAUGUUCUUGUGAACCAUUGUACAGGUGCGCAAAUGAGACGGCAAGACUUUCACAGUGGGCAGAACACGCUGCAAAAGGAACGAGAGAUAUACUCUAUAACGUACCAAGAUGGCCAAAUAGCCCAUCAAGGUAUACGACUUGAUCACAUGGAUCACUGAAAGUGCUCCAUUGGGACGGGAAACGUAGCCUUUUACGCAGGCCAAGUUGUUUUGAGAUUCUCUGCAGUGAUAGGAGGAGGGUAGGUUGGGCUUUUAAGCUUGACUUCGAUCUAGGAGAAUCGCUGGCAUUUCUACGCAACUCAUUCUAUCGGCGUUGGACAGGAAUGGAAUGAGCUACUGCUACGAGCAGGGAGCUGAAGACUGCGACUCUGUCUAAGUCACCCCCAAGAAUUGCUGUUCAGUCCAUUGAGUCCUAUAUGUUAAAGAUGUGCCCGAACUCGCAUGUGGUUCUGACAGCACCAUUGCAUGAAAUAGAUAUCUGC